AUGUCUGCUGUUAAACCCAAAAGUUUCAUUAGGCGUUUCGUCAAUGUCGAAGAAAAGGGAGAUGAAUCGGCUUUCAUGGCCAUUUUUGUUGGUGUUUUUGCUGCUUUUGGUGGUAUUUUGUUCGGUUACGAUACAGGGACCAUUUCUGGUGUCCUUGCUAUGGACUACGUGCUUGAGACAUUCCCUGAUACUCCUGGAAUGUUCACCUCUUCUGAAAAUUCUUUGAUCGUUUCCAUCUUAUCCCUUGGUACAUUUUUGGGCUCCCUUGUGGCCCCAUACUUCAACGAUUGGAUCGGCCGUCGCUUAACAUUGAUCCUAUCUUCGCUUAUUGUUUUCAACUUGGGUAUCAUUUUACAAACUGCUUCCACCGGUAUUCCAUUACUUGUCGCUGGUAGAGUGUUUGCUGGUCUUGGUGUCGGGUUGAUUUCCUCUACUGUUCCAUUAUACCAAUCUGAAUGUGUUCCAAAAUGGAUCAGAGGUGCUUUGGUUUCUUUUUAUCAAUUCGCAAUCACCAUUGGAUUGUUGUUGGCCAACAUUGUUAAUAAUGCCACCCACAAGAUGAACAAUUCGGGGUCUUAUAGAAUUCCGAUCGCCAUUCAAUUCCUCUGGGCUUUGAUUUUGGGUAUCGGUUUCAUUUUCUUGCCAGAAUCCCCUAGAUUCUGGGUCAAGCGUGAAAAGAAAGAAGAAGCAUUGAAUUCCUUGCACCGUUUAAGAAGAUUGCCUGUUGAUCAUCCUGAAGUGAUCGAAGAAUAUGAGGAGAUUAGAGCAAACCAUGAAUAUGAAAUGUCUCUUGGCUCUAGUGGCUGGUUGGACUGCUUCAAAUCUAGUAACCAUCAAAGAUUAAGAAUAUUUACUGGUAUCUCUUUGCAAGCUUUGCAGCAAUUGACCGGGGUUAACUUUGUGUUCUACUACGGGGUGACUUUUUUCAAGAACGCCGGUAUCAAUAACUCCUUCUUGAUUUCUGUCGUUUGUAACGUGAUCAAUUGUGUUUGCACUAUCCCUGGGAUUGUGCUUGUUGAACUUUUGGGUAGAAGACCAUUGAUUCUUAGUGGUGCAUUAGGGAUGUUUAUUUCUGACUAUAUUGUUUCCAUUACUUCUGUUGCAUCCAAUGAUUCCGGAGCAUCUAAUAAUGUGAUGAUUGCAUUUAUUUGUAUCUUUAUUGCUUUCUUUGCUGCCACUUGGGGCCCAAUCUGUUGGGUUAUUGUUGGUGAAAUUUUCCCAUUACGUGUCAGAGCUAAGAGUAUUGCUUUGUCCACUUCUUCCAACUGGCUUUGGAACUUUGGGAUUGCCUAUGCAACCCCAUACUUGGUUGAUCUGGGCCCAGGUAACGCAGAUUUAGGUCCAAAAGUUUAUUUUAUUUGGGGUUCUUGCAAUUUAUUGUGUUUGAUUUUCGGUUGGUUCUUCGUUUAUGAGACUAAGAACUUGAAAUUGGAACAGAUCGAUGAGUUAUAUGACACUUGCAAGCCUUGGAAAUCAUCCAAGUUUGUCCCAACUACUUAUUUGGGUAAUCAUGCUACUAAUGAAGCUGGAAGUUAUGAAGCUGACCCAAAGUUGGAACUUGACCAUUCUGAUUCCAGAGUCUGA